AUGGAGGAUGGUGGCGAGGCCGCAGCAGAGCCUGAUGCGGGGCCGGAGCCAGAGCCAGAGCCGGAGCCGGCGCUGGGGGCAGGGCUGGUGCUGGGGGAGGCGGCGGGCGAGUCCCUCGGUUACCUGCGCGUCCUGUGGCAGCGGGAGGAGCCCGCCGGCAAGAUCCCGACUCGUCGCUUGCGCAGGGCCGCUCGCCUCCACCGCCGGAUAGGGCCUACGGGCAAGGAGAGCCACGCUCUGAAAAGGCUGCGUGAAGCUGCCAAUAGCAACGACUUGGACACAGUCCAGCAACUCCUGGAGGAUGGAGCUGACCCCUGUGCUGCAGACGACAAGGGCCGGACAGCCCUGCACUUUGCCUCCUGCAAUGGCAAUGAUCACAUUGUGCAACUGCUUCUGGACCAUGGGGCUGACCCAAACCAGAGAGAUGGGCUGGGAAACACCCCCUUACACUUGGCUGCCUGCACGAACCAUGUUCCUGUCAUCACCACGCUGCUGCGCGGAGGGGCCAGAGUCGAUGCCUUGGAUCGAGCUGGCAGAACCCCACUGCACCUUGCAAAAUCUAAGCUAAACAUCCUGCAGGAAGGACUCUCCCACAGCCUGGAGGCUGUACGACUGGAAGUGAAACAGAUCAUCCAGAUGUUGCGGGAAUACCUGGACCGUCUGGGGAGGCAUGAGCAAAAGGAACAGCUGGAUGACCUCUGCUCCAGGUUACAGAUGACUAGCACAAAGGAGCAGGUGGACGAGGUUACAGACCUCUUGGCCAGCUUCACAUCACUUAGCCUGCAGAUGCAGAAUAUGGAGAAGAGGUAAUGGGCUUCCAAAUUAUCUUCCUGAUGCAGCAGGAGCAGCCUUAGAGAGAAAAAGAGGAAGGUGAAGCUUGCUUGCCAGAAUGCUGAAUAAACAUUGUUGCUGUUCCUGCCAGAUCCACUCUCCAGUGGUGCUCAGACUCUUCCUGUUGGUGCUGCCACAGGUGCCUCAUGGAGAGGCAGCAGGCUUUGGACAACAGAGACAAUAGAGACAACAGAGUGCUGCAGCUGAGACUUUUGGAAAAAAAGAGCUGCUCUUUGUGUCAGAUGGGCUGGUGCUGAAUAGGAUAACCCUUUCCUGAGAUAUUUUGCUGCCUUCUAAGCACUUCAGCCUUUGGUGGCUGAUGCCAUGUGUGGUCACCAACCCUGACAAGUGCACUCAGCAGCUGGACAACAUCACAGAAAUGCUUGGAAGAGGCACCUUUUGCCACCUCCACAGUACUCCAUUGCAUGGGGAAAGAAGGUAGAUGCCUCAGACAACAGAAGGCUUUGUGCUGUGAGAAGAAAACACCCUUCAUCCUGCAUGCUAGCAGCUGAGCAAACACACUGCCUUCAAAAGCAGACAUCAAGGCUUAGCUCUAACCUUUCCAGAGCCUGUGGGCAGUGGGCAGAGAAUCUGUCUGGUUACAAAUGGUUUCCUCACUAGACUAACAGCUUUCACUGGCCUCAGCUUCUAAAUCACUGCUUCAAGUUAGUGCUUAAAUACUACAGUGCAAAAAAUAACCAGGUAGGCAGCUAGCAGGUCAGGGCUGCCCUGAUGCAAGAAUAAGGUUUUUUUCUGGGGGGAGGGGGUGACUUAAUCCUAGCAGAGUUUUAUGCAGAUUUUACAUCUUGUUUGA